GUUUCUAUGUAGCGCUGUAUGAUGAGGUGUAGAGCUCGAUCGGAUCCAUAAAUGACAGCGAGGACAUGCAAAUACAAGUAUAAGGGACUAUUAAGUGAAAUAAGGAGGUUUGGUUUGUUCGUUUGUGAUCUGUGCAGGUAGCAUUGAGCUAAUGUGUCGUUAGCUUACAUAGUGUUUACCUACCAAUCAAGAUGAGCUCAUCGAGGGAGAUAAAACAGCUGCUGAAAGCAAAGAGCAAAGCGCAGAACAGCAGCAACUUACCAGAGGAAGCGAACCUCUGCAAUCAGCUGGGAGAGCUGCUGUCCAGAAACGGUGAUUAUGAGGCUGCUAUUAGGGAGCACCAGCAGGAGUUGUCUCUCUCAGAGGUGCUAAACGAUGUGAUUGGACGAGCUGUGGCCAAUCGUAAGAUAGGAGAGUGCUAUGCAGAGAUGGGAAACAUAGAAGCUGCUUUGAAACACCAGCGAUGUCACCUGGACCUAGCUCGCUCUGUCAGAGAUCAUGCUGAGGAGCAAAGGGCGCUGGCCACUAUUGGUCGAACCUACCUCUUCCGUUAUGAAUCAGACCAAUCCAGAAAGAGUUUGGAGCAAGCAGAUGAUGCCUUCAGGAAGAGCCUGGCCAUUGUGGAUGAACGUCUUGAAGGGACUGUGCCAGGGCGAGAGAUUAGUGAGAUGAAGGCACGCCUCUUCCUCAAUCUUGGUCUGGUCUGUGAUCAUCUGGGGGAGCACAAACGUUGCAGCGAGUUUAUCAGAAGAAGUGUCUUUAUUGCAGAAAAGAGCCAGCUACUGGAGGAUCUCUACCGUGCAAACUUUAACCUGGGCAACAUUUACUUCCGUCACGGUCAGCAGUCUAAUGCUGUGCGCUGCCUUGAACAGGCCAAGGAGUGUGCAAGGAAAAUCAAAGACAAGUUCAGUGAGAGCGAGUGCUUUCACUGCAUUGGCAAGGUGCAGCUGUCUCUGGCUGAUUUUGUAGCAGCUAGACGAUCUCUGAAGAAAGCUGUCGCUCUGGGUUCCCAACAGCCACUGGACAGGCAAACAGUGAAGAAAGCUUUCAAAUAUGCGGACCUCGGUUGUAAAUUGGAGGAAGAGUUGGGGGAGGAUCAGGGGAAAAGCAUCAGCUCCCAUCAGGCCGUGGGGCUGGCAGAGCAGCUGGGGGACCUUUACUGUAAGGUUGGCUGCUACAGCAAAGCUCUGGAUGCAUAUCAAGCUCAGUUAAAGAGCGCUGAAGCAUUGGGAAAGCCUGCAAGGGAGCUGGCUGUCAUCCACGUGUCCCUGGCUGCGACCUACACAGACCUGAGACAGCACAGCAAGGCAGUGGAGCACUACAGACAGGAGCUGGCUCUACGACAGGGCAACUCUGCUGAGGAGUGUAGUACCUGGCUGAACAUCGCAGUAGCUCAGGAGGAGAGCGGCUGUGCCUUUGAGGAAAUGGACAGCAGCUACAGUGCAGCCUCACACUGCGCUCAGAAGUCUGGCCAGACCAGAUUACAGAAACGCGUGUUGAGGCUCUGGCUGGCGUCGCAGCGGCGACAUGGCUCAUCAAAUAUUGAUGACACUGAGGCGAGGCUGAAGGAGCUGUGUGCUGCUGAGGGCUGGAGUCCAGAUGGGAGUGAUGGUGAGGAAGAUGAAGAGGAGGAAAUGGACAACAGUGAACCUCUGGAUGACAGUGAUGUCGUUCUCUCAGAAUCAGAUGAUGAUUUGGAAGGUUAUGACAAGAUGGUAUCAGGAAGGAGGAAGACAGGAAGGUGGAACAAGAGGAAUGAGAAGGGCGAGACAACUCUGCACAGAGCUUGUAUAGAUGGAAACCUGAAGCAGGUCCAGUAUCUGGUGGAACAGGGUCACCCAGUGAAUCCAAGAGACUAUUGUGGCUGGACUCCUCUUCAUGAGGCCUGCAACCACGGUCACUAUGACAUUGUAGGUGUGCUUCUGGAUCGCGGUGCAAACAUUAAUGAUCCCGGUGGACCCUCAUGUGAAGGAGUGACACCUCUACAUGACGCCCUCUCUUGUGGCAAUUUAAAAGUUGCAAGACUCUUGGUUGAACGAGGGGCUUCUGUCACCCAACGCAACUCUAAGGGUAACAACGCCAUGGACACCUUGCGUCAGUGGCAGAGGACGUACAGCAGAGAGUUGGACAAGGACACCAAGCAGGAGUGCAUCGCUACAGAGAGGCUGCUAAGGAAGGCACUUGCAGGGGGAGUGCCCACUGCUCCGGCCCCGGCCAAGGCUUUUGAUGCACUGCAGGACAGCCAGUUGUUUGAUGCUGAGAUCUCAGAGCCGCUGCUGUCCUCUGAAAGGGGCUGUUCCUCCAGCCAAGACAGGCCCCGGACCAGCAGGAGCUCAGAGGUAAAGGCAGUACCUGCCAGCCCCAAACGGUGGAAAAGCAACGGCUCAGCACAGCGCCACAAAGCCAGAGGAACAGAGGCUGCUGUCCUGUAUGGGAAUAACAGCAGCUCCUCAGAAGACAGCGACUCCGACUGCCACGUAAGUCCUCUCCGUGCCGUCCGCCCUCGACACAGUUUCCCAGCAGCCCCGAGUCAAAAGGAAGUCCCUGCAAACAGAGAAACCAACCCGAUCCCCAACUCCGGUCUAGAAAGUCUCCGGGAGGCUCCCGCGCCAUCUGUCUUUGCACGAGAGGAGUACCACAGUGCCAUUCGAAGCGUGGGGAGCGCCAAAACUCUUCUCCAGGGUCUGUCACAGCCUCAGUUCUCCAGCACACCAGCUGUUUCAUCCAGCAACAAAUCAGCACUGGUUCCCGAGGAGGAGUAUCUGGCUGAUGACUGGCUGGAGGAUGAUUUGGGGAUCCAGCCGAAGAAGAAGAGGAGGCUUGGAGUGGAUCAGAGUGGGAUGAGAGGGGAGGACACUGCCUUGUCCUCAGCAAGAGGCCAAAACAGGCUCUUAAACCCUGACGCAGCCUGCAGAGUCCCUUCGUCCUCCAUCAGGAGUCUCCCUCUGAAAAGGAACGGCUCUCUGAAGCCUCACCAGGUCAAAAUGACUCAGAUGCCAGGUAUGGUCAGGCUGGGCAGACGAGAGGUCAACAGGUCACACAGCCCCACAGUUACAGACGAUGAGGACAUGAUGCCUGAGACCCCACCACCCCCACGAAUGCAGCAAUUUCAGCCUCCAGCUCAUAGUGUUGCUGCUCCCAUGCCGAGAUCACUGCCUCCACCGAUCAGAAUGAGGGUCAGAGUUCAAGAAGAUGUUUUCCUCAUUCCAGUUCCACAAAGUGAGGCGGACUCCUGCACUGUGUCGUGGCUGUGUGAGCAGGCUGCUCAGCGUUAUUACCAGAAAUGUGGCCUUCUGCCUCGCCUCUCGCUGCAGAAGGAAGGUGCUCUGCUCUCCCCGCAGGACCUGCUGCUGGCUGUCCUACACACCAAUGAAGAGGUUCUGGCUGAAGUUUGCUCCUGGGAUCUUCCUCCGCUCCCUGAGCGCUAUAAGAAAGCCUGUAACAGCCUGGCAGUGGAUGAGAACAAGCGUGUCACCCGGCUGUGUGAGGUGCAGGAUGGGAGCUCCUCUGUGUCGGUUUGCGGCCUCAGCUUGGCGGCCUCCUCCCUCAGCCCGCUCCUUCGUGCCCUAAAACUGCAGGCCAGCCUCACCGAGCUGCGUAUUUCCGGCAACCGGCUCCGUGGCAACCUUCUUCCUGAGCUGGUUGCCACUACAAUCACCAUGCCUCGGCUUCGGCUGUUGGACAUUUCUGCCAAUGGCAUUACAGGGGAAGAGCUGGAGAAGGCAGUAGAUGCUUUAAAGGGACAGAGUCAUCCUGCUUUUCCGUGCCUGGAGGAGCUUGACCUCAGUAUGAACCAGCUGGGUGACGGUGUGUCCGAGACCCUGUCCUGUCUGCUGUCCUGCUGUCCUCUGUUAGCCAAGCUGUCUCUGCAGGCCUGUGGCCUCACUGCUCGCUUCCUCCAACAGCAUCGACUGCUGCUGGCCAACGCUCUGACAGGAACAGGCCACCUGAAAUCAGUGUGUCUAUCCCACAAUGCACUGGGCUCCACUGGCUUUGAGCUGGUGUUGAAGACUCUGCCACUCCACUGUCUCACACACCUGGACCUGUCUGCUGUCUGCAGGGGUCCGUCUGACGGCCCGACGCUGGAACACCUCACCAAAAUCCUGUCACAGGAUGAGUGUUCACUGACCCACCUGAGUCUGGCAGCAAACGGGUUGACGGACAGCAGUGUCGCCACCUUGGCCAGGUGCCUGCCUUCAUGUCCGACUCUGGUGACUCUGAACCUAUCAGGAAAUCCGUCUGUUACCUCAGCAGGACUUCUCAACAUCCUGACCUCACUCAGAGAGGCUUGUCGACCUCUGACCCUUCUAAACCUUCAAGGUUGCGAGGUGUCUGGCCCCUGGGACAGUGCAGGUCUGGAUGGUUUGUCAGAGCUGGUUAAGGAUCUCCGUCUUUGCUCUCAGGGACUCAACAAGCUGGACCGUCAGGCCUUAAAGCAGAGCUGGGACACAAGUCGGUCACGUGGACACUUUAUUGACCGAAACAGUAAGUGUCUGCUCUCUGCUGCCGACUCCUCAUGAAGAGGGGAGAACUGAAAUGAGUCGGAGAAAACACACUGAAUUUUGAGCCAAGUGAAAACAUUACCACACAACUUGUAUAACAAGAGUGCUAUUCCUUUUAAGGGUCUGCUCAGUUAGCAGUGAUCACUUGAGGCCGUGCACUUACAUCUUCGAAAAGAGCAAACUGCCAGUGGCAUGGCACCCACGGACAUUAUGUGUAUAUUGUUUAUAUUUUGUACUCCUUAUUUAUGUGUAUCUGAGAAAGUCUUACGUUUAAUAUGUUAGCAGCAGUGUGUUUGUGUCGUGAUGCACCAACUGGAUGAAUGUAUUAUUUGAUAUAAAAAACAAUUAAAGUAACUCAUCAUGCUUUUAUAGUUCAGUGGCCCUUUUUUCAUCUCUAUGAAGGGACUCUUUCUGGUUCAGAUAAAUCCUGCACAGCCACACAUUUUGCUACUUUGGUUGACGAUAUUGAAAACGUAUUGAACAUCAAACCUGCUGUACUCUCACGUACAACCCUGAGUUGUAAGUGUCGCAUCUUGUGGUUAAUGCAAAGUUUCGAGACUGAACCUGUGGAAAUUGAUACACUUAUGCAACAUAUCUUAGAGUCUCUGAAGUCACCAGCCGUGUACUGUUUACCAUUUUCACAUGUAUACCGGCCUGUAUGACCUUUUUUCACACCAACUUCAAAUGUGUUAACAACACCCAACAACAUCCUUUCAGAGAGUUUGGUGGGAAAUGGUUCCAUUUUUUUGGACAAACUGGAUGCAGUUUAAAUACACC